AGGGAGCGCCAGGGAGCACCGUCAUUCCCAGCCUGCUCUCCAGGACGCUCCCAAGCAUCCAGCCUGGUGUCGACGGGAUAAUGAAGACCUGGAUCCUCCUUGUCCGGGCAGGAAUAGCCCUGGGCUGCUUGGCUGGCACCCUGUACACAGCCCCUGACUCCUGCUAUGGACGCUGUGAGGAGCCCUACAACGAGAAGGAUGAGUGCCACUGCAGCCCCGAAUGCGAGAGGGACCACAGCUGCUGUGAGGAUUACUACAGGCACUGCCAACCCGGUGGAGAAUGGGCCGAGGAGGCAGCUCACACCCAUGAGGGUUUCUCCAGGAGUCGGGAUUCCAUCACGGACCAGGAGCUCCUGCACAUCUCAGAGCAGCUCUAUGGGGCCGACCACAACAAAGCCCAACCGAGCGACAUCACCAUCAACCCCCAGUACCAGGCAUCCCCCGAGGAGACUGGGGACCAGCAGGACCGGUCCCCGCAGCCGCUCUAUGGAUACGUCAAUGAGAAGCUCUUCUCCAAACCCACCUAUUCCAGCUUCAUUAAACUGCUGGAUAACUACCGGAGAUCCACCGGGAAGGAGGAGGAGGUGACGGAGGAGGAGCUGCGGGAGCAGGAAAACUUCCUUCGGGAAGUGAUGAAGACAGAGCUCAUGAAGAAACUCUUCACCUUCCUCCAUAGCAAAAAUCGCUAUGGGUCGGAGCAGGAAUUCCUUGCGGAUCUGCAGGAGAUGUGGUUCGGGCUCUACUCCCGAGGGGAUGGGGAGCAGGAUUCCAGCGGCUUCGAGCACAUCUUCUCAGGGGAGGUGAAGAAGGGGAAAGUAUCCGGAUUCCACAACUGGAUUCGUUUCUACCUCCUGGAAAAGCAGGGAAUGGUCAACUACUUCAGCCACAACUUCAAUGGGCCCUGGGACACGUACCCCGAUGUGCUGGGGCUCCAGUUCAGCUGGGAUGGCUUCUACAAGGAGGUGGGGGCUGCCUUCAUCGGCUGCAGCCCCGAGUUCGAGCUGGGCCUCUACACCUUGUGCUUCAUCGCGAGGCCAGGCAGGGAAUGUCACCUGAGCCUGGGUGGCCACAGCCUCAGCAUCCAGACCUACCCCUGGACCAAGUCCACCUAUGGCAAUGGCAGGAAGUUCAUUGCCACCGCGUACGUGGUCUCACCCUGAUGCUGUGGGGAGGGCACAGCUGCAGCCCCACUCCGGAGCCAGGGGCUGCCCCACACCAGUGUCCAUGGCACUGGGCAGCACUGGGACGGGGACAGGACCAGUGCUGGUGCUGCUGGGCAGGGCGGCGGUGGCCGAGCAGGAGGAUGGAGACAACCCCUGGUGCCAUGGAGCGCUGCAUCCCUUGGUUGCAGCAGAGGAACAGGAGGGGUUUGGGAUGCAAAGUGGGAUCCAGGAGUGAAAUAAACCCUCGUUUAUCACCGGUG